AUGCCAUUGUCACCGGCGCAGCCGGGUAUGUGCCCUCAUCCUUCACUCAUGCGAAAGACAAACAAAUUGACAUCAGAACAGGGGGCAUUUGGCCUUGGAACGACAAUUCUUAUUUUUCGCGAGGGAGCUUCUGUCCUCGCGGCCGAUAUCAGCGAUGCCAGUCUUGCCACUGCCCUUGACAAGGUCAACUCCAUCGUUCCACCCGAGUCGCGCUCACAAAAGGUGGAGACAAAAGGUUGUCGACGCGGUCUGGAUGCGAUUUUCGAACAAUGCUGGCAUCGUGCCCCCGAAGGACGGGGACUCGGGGAGUGCCUGGAGGAUAUCUGGAAUCGCACAAUGGACACCAGUGUCAAGGGGGUGUGGUAUGGGUUUAAGCAUGCUGUGCGUAGCUUCCGAAAGCACGGCAGAAAGCGCGCGAGUGUGAUCAAAACUGCUAGUAUGGUUGCUCUGGUUGGUGCUGCCACGCCGUAG